CGAGGCAUGCCUAUUUAGACUCUGAAGUUCCAGAGCCGUAUCUUUAUAUUACUAUUUCUACCAUUAUGUUAGAAGGUGUUUUGGCUUGGAUUCAGGCUUGGCUGCCUCGCCGGUCCAUCAUUGUGACAGCUAGUGUUAUUGUCGUUCUCGCUGGUGCUGGAUAUAUUUAUGCUGUAAAGUUAAAGAGAAAAAGGAGAUUAGGGAGCAAAAAUGGCGGAUCUGACUCUGUGGAUUACACUGAGCUAGAAGCAGCCACUGCUACUGGUGACAUAGGAUCUUCCACAGUUCAAACUCAUUAUUCACAGCAUUUCUUCUUACAACAGAAGGCCAGCAUAAACGAUUUACCACCAGUUGUAACAUUGCACGACGCCUCACACCAUUCAAGCAAUGACCAAUUGUCAGACACAGAACUUUGCCAGUUGGGUUUGGAUGCAUUUAAUGUUGCUAUUUCAUAUUGGAAAAAAGCUUUACGUAUCAGCACAAACAGCAGUUCUGGCAAUAGGUCAUGUCUGACAACAGUAGUAGAGCAUGCACACCAGCUGCAGAGUGUUGUGAAACAAGUCAAAGGUUUAAGACAGACACCAAGCGUUCUGACUACAGAAACUUCAGUUGUUCCACAAUGGCAAGAGAAGGAUGAUGAUGAGGUGUCUAUCACAUCUACAGACUCAUUUCAAUCAGCUACGGGAACUGAUUCAGAAGCUGACAGAGUAACAGCCCUUGAUGUUUCUCAUGCUUCACUGGAGGCUGUUGCAGAUCAUCUAGUGCCAUCCACCAAUAAAUACAAUGGCCUUUGCAGUUUCUAUGAAGAAGGCAUUACUUUGGCUAAAGACAAGGCCGUACCUCACAGGGCCCUGAGGACUGUGGUUCUUUGCUGCAACAGUGACUUAGAUUUUCUUGCUAAACUUUCUUGCGUUCGCAAGGCAUUCAAUUUGCUGUUUACAUCUGACAAUACAAGGAGUGAAAUCAGUCAGUCAGGAAAGCGGCUGGUAACAACUCUGCUACAUGCAUCUGAGAAAGGCCAUGCAGUGUUUGAAGAGGCUUAUGACAAAAUGAUAACCUGGGUGUCAGAUCAACGCAAUUGGGCGACGAUGGCAGGAGAACUGAAGGACAGAGGGGUUGAAUGCAUAACAUUUUACGAUGUCGUCCUGGACUUUGUUCUUCUUGAUGCAUUCAAGGAUGCUGAAAACCCUCCUUCUGCUGUAACUGCUGUGUUACAUAAUCGUUGGCUGACCCAGGGAUUUAAGGAGUCGGCUUUUAGUACAGCUGUGUGGUCUGUUAUCAAAGCAAAGUCAAAGAUGGUAAAGAUCACAGGUGGUUUCUUCACUCAUUUCUACAAUGUAAUGGAACAUGUCAGCCCUGUGUUGGCAUGGGGCUUUCUUGGUCCAAAUGAGCAUCUCAAAACAAUUAUGCUGUAUAUCAAGGAUCAGGUCAUGGGGUUCUUGAUUGAUGUGUUUUCUCUUCACGAGUCAAACUACUCCACUGAUUCAAACCUAGCAGAUGAUGUUCUAAGACACCUUCAGACUAGAACAGCAAGCAUUUUCUCACAUCUUGAUCAAGGCAAGGGAUAAGCUAAAAUACAACAUACCACGCAAGAGGCUGCCACUGCUUAAUUUUAUUGUGAAUUUAUGGACACAAGUAAAUUUAAAUGAGUUUAUUGUUUCUUCUAUUUUAUUCUGUAUGUUGAUUGCAAUCACCAGCUUGUAAUUGCUUUCAGUUGUAUGUAAUGUCAGAUAAUAUGUUUUUGAA